AUGAGCGAGGAGGCCACCGAGAACUCCCUGGAGAGCAGCCUGCGGCGGCUGAAAUGCCACUUCACCUGGAACUUGUUGGAGGGAGAAAACUCCUUGGAUAAUUUCGAAGACAGAGUGUGCCACCAGACCGAGCUGCAGAGCGGCGAGUUCAGAGCCACCACGUACAACCUGCUGGCCUUCAUAAAGCACCAGCGGGGCCAGGGCGAGGAGGCGCUGCAGUGCCUGCGGCGAGCGGAAGACCUGAUCCAGCAGCAGUACCCUGGCCAAGCGGAACUCCGAAGCCUGGUCACCUGGGGCAACUACGCCUGGGUCUACCAUGGCAUGGGCAGGCUCUCCGAAGCCCAGGCCUAUGUGGACAAGAUCCGAGAGGCCUGCAAGAAGUUCUCCAACCCCUACCGAAUGGAGAGUCCCGAGCUGGACUGCGAAGAGGGGUGGUCUCGGCUCAAGUGCGGGAGGCAGCACGCCGGCAGGGCGAAGGCGUGCUUUGAGAAGUGUCUGGACAAGCGCCCGAAGCACCCGGAGUCCACCUCGGGGCUGGCGAUCUGCAGCUUCCGGCUGGACCAGUGGUCAGCGCUCAAGAAUCCCGUGGAGGCCCUGAGGCGGGCCAUUGAGCUCAACCCUGACAACCAGUAUAUCAAGGUCCUCCUGGCUCUGAAACUGCAGAAGAUGAACGAAGACGAGGAGGCGGAGAGGCUAGUGGAAGAAGCCGUGGGGAAAGCCCCCUGUGCCAUCGACGUGCUUCGCGGGGCAGCGAUGCUGUAUCGGAAGAAAAACGACCUGGACAGCGCCAUUGAGCUGCUCACCAGGGCCGUGCAAUGCUCGCCGAACAACGCCUACCUGCACUGCCACCUGGGGGUGUGCUACCGGGCCAAAGUCCUCGAGUGUGAGAAGAGAGGCCUGACGGGCAGGUAUGGGUACAGGGAGGACUACCAGGAGCUGAUCAGACACGCCGUGGACCACCUGAAGAGAGCUGAUGAGCUCAACGGGACUCUGGUCAACGUGGGCUCCUUCCUGGCCUGCCUCCACCUCCAGGCGGGCCAGUACGAGGAUGCAGAGUAUUACUUCCAGAGGGAAUUCGCCAAAGAGCUCACGGCUGUGGAACGGCAGGUGCUCCACCUUCGAUAUGGCAACUUUCAGUGGUUUCAGAGGAAGUGUGAGAGCAAGGCCAUCCACCACUUCAUGGAGGGUGUGAAAAUAAACCAGGACCCGAAGGCCACUGGGAAGAUGGAGAACAAACUGCGAGGCAUCGCCAAAGCCAGGCUUUCCAGGAAUAGAGAUGAUCCCCAGGCUUUGCGCAUCUUGACAUGUCUUCAGGAGCUGGAUGGGAAGAGGCAGCCAGCAGGUGAAAACUCUGAGACGGAUGUGAACGGCCGCCUCAGCCCUUCCGCGUCUUUAGCGGAUGAAUGA